AUGGAGCGACCUAGACAGCUCUGUAAAGGUCAAGAGGAAACUUCCUCAAAUUCGGCGGAGGAGGGGCCGCGAAUUCCUCGUCUCGUCAUAGAAUCUACUGGCCAAACACGAUUUGCAAGUUCGGUGCUUAAAGUGCUAUCAUUGCAACGAUUCUACAAGAAAACUGGGCAACGCUCGCGAGACUCAUGGCUAGAACGAUAUACAUAUCAGGACGACAGGGACUGGCGUCGGCCGCUCAUGCGCAGAUCAGCGUCGAAUUCGCCGCAAGUACAGAGCCCAACAUCUGAGGGGACCGCAAGUUCCCGCGAUGCAUCAGACUCCUCACCUGACCGCGACAGCCCUAGCCGUUUCUGCUGUGACGUCACACUUGUGUUCGAUCCAUCAGGCAAUGUUUAUUUCUUCUGGCUGCUAACAGUUACACUCGGCAUUUUGUACAACUACUGGGUCAUCAUUUUCCGGGUGGCAUUCUUCGUGCGAGAGCAGAAAUAUGUCAUUCCUUUCAUGGCCAUCGACUACAGUUGUGAUUUUAUAUUUCUCCUGGAUAUCAUCGUCCAGUUUCGCACGGGCUACUUCCUGGAUGGCAAGAUAGUCACGGAUACAAAACAGCUGGCCAAACACUACGUCAGGUCUUACGGGUUCUUCCUCGACUGUGUCUCCAUUCUUCCGACAGAUUUGCUCUACCUUGUGCUCGGUCCCAGGCCUUUUUUGCGCUUUGGGCGUCUUCUUAAAGCACACCGAUUUUUCCUGUUUUGCGACCGCGUUGAGAUCUACAGCGGUCGACCAAAGCUCUUCAACUUGUUGAAACUGAUCCAUUACUUGUUUCUGAUAAUCCACUGGGUAGCCUGUUUUUACUUUCUUCUUUCUUACUUUGAGGGAUUUGGCGCCGACUCAUGGCUACACCCAGCUCUUAAGGGACAGUGGGCCGAGGUAGGAAACAAAACAUUUUUACUUUUUUCUAAAAACCCCACAAUAAUUCAAUAACUUUCCAAAAAUCACAAACAUUUGACCGAUCUUUAAUAUACAGAGACGUUAUAACAUAGUAAAUGUAUAGUACCAUUUGAAAGUACCGCUGAAGAGGUUUCAUUUAAAUGGUAACACCAUAGGAUUUCGUCCCCAGAUUUAAAAGUAACAAUGACAAAUAAACUUCGAUGUCAUCACUUACGUCAUGAGUGAAAGGGCUAGCAUGAUCGACCUUAGCAGCCCUUAUCUUUUGGAUACUCAAGUUGAUCCCAGUUCGCAGCAAAUUCAAUAUUUACGUAAGUUUCUAAUACUUAUAGGUCGGUCCACAAUACCUGUAUAGCCUGUUCCGUUCUCUGGUUUCCAUGACAACUGUUGGUACGGGGAAGUCGAAUCCACCGCAGACCACCAUGAGCCUAAUAUUCUGCAUCUUUACAUACCUCUGUGGAGUGCUCAUUUUUGCCACUAUUGUGGGCAACGCAGCGGAUAUGAUAGUGGAUCUGAGACGUCAUAGAGAGAAGUAUCACAGAAAGGUAAGCAGUUUUGUUUACUCUUGUUUUUCACAUUACGUCACCAAAAUUCUUAAUUAAAACAAAUCUUUGGUUCGAAAGGGUCUCCGUUUUACGAUAGAGGACGCUUGAAUUUCCAAGCUUUUGGGUGACGCAGCCGGGAAAGCUCUUAUCUGGGUUAAAAACGUUACCGAUUUUUUGAGAUUUUGUUAUCUAAACAUUCUUUGUCUCAGAAUGAAUAUUACUUUAAUCUUUCUGAGUUCCUCAGGUGAUAUAUUUACGCUUUUGUUGGAAAACUCAAAGCCAGAUGUUUCUGUUGGUUUCCGGCCGCCAUACUUGUGCCACUCAAAGGGACACCAACAUGGCGUCUCUAUACAAAGCUUUGAAAAUUUUGGUAAAACAUUUUCCGAAUAUGGUAACGUUAACGAUCCAGGACAAUUAAAGAAGGAUUUAUAUGGAUACUCUGGAUACAUCGGAGCAUGAGGUUGUUUAUAUCUCCUCACCAAUUUGCACCAACAGGCUGAUUUUACCACGUGGACAUUUUUCAUCUUAUUAUUUCUGGAUAUGCCAACCAAUAACGGCAAUUACAUAAUUUCACAAAUUUAUUUUUUUUUAUGUCAUCACUCCUCUUCUCUAUGAAGAGGACAUACCUGGUGCAUCAGGGUCUUUAGGAAUUCUGUGAAAGUGAAGAUUAGUCGCAUCUCUAAAAUUAUUAUUGCGGGCGACAAGAGAAGCCCGCAAUCCUAAUCUCCUGGUUGUUAUUACGCAUGCGUUGCAUGUAUGUAGUCAGCAUUCGUUUGGACUUACACUAAGAAUGAGUGGAAUGCACAGAACGCAAUUUGAUCACUCGCCUUUGGACCUUCUAUCACUCGCAAUGUGAUCACGCGUGUUUUGACCAUCUAUCACGUGAAACUUACGCAGAGCACAGCGUUUGAGCAAAUGCGUUUUGACCUUGGGUUGUUGUCGCCUGCACUCCCUUAACUUUUGGUUAUUACUAGUUGUAGUUCGGAACACAGCACUUGUAGCGCCUCUGCGCCAUUUUUGUUGACCUUCAUGCCGGCCCUGCAAACGAUCCUAAUAAGCUUUGUGGUCGCAAAUCGUAGUCAGAUUUUCACUGGCUUACAUCAUGGCGAAUAGCCUUCAGCUCUAUUAGGAGGAGCCUCCUGAAGUGAGGACGGUUACUGACAAGACAUACUACUGUUAUCCUUACACUCUUUCUGGCCAAGAACGUAUUGCGCAUUACAUUUUCGCGGGGUGUGUUACGGAGUACGGUCAAAUUAACGUUUUCUUCUAGGUAUCGGGUCGUUUCGCUCGAUGGUAGUUCGCCCCAGCUAAAUCGAUUCGUCUAUGUGUAUUUGUCGUUAUUUAAGCCUAAGAAAAAGGAAUAAGCAUGGAAAGACAGUGACUGAACAUGUGGAAACUAAGGUUAACUAGAAUAACAUCUCGGAGAAGUAGGUUUACCAUGUUGUAGAGUGUAUAUAUGUCAUCGGGCGAAUCGAUUCAGUCCUCGCGAACGCCUUCAGGCGAAUCGCCUUUCGGGGAAACGACCGCAAUUCUUCUUCCGUACUCACCUCACCCUUUUACAACUGUUUUAUCUGUAGCUCGACGGAAUGAAAGAAUACAUCGCCGCCAACCAGCUGCCCAUGGAUCUACAACGCCGCGUAGUACAAUGGUUUGACUUUGCCUGGAGGUACAAGAAGGACAUGAGCGAGGAUCAACUUUUUCAACAGCUCAAUGAUAACUUCCGCGCUGAAAUCGCCAUUCAUGUCAACCUUGACACACUGAAAAAAGUUAAGAUGUUUGAGAAAUGUGACCCAGGAUUCUUACGAGAGCUUGUGCUGAAGCUGAAACCAAUGCUUUGUUCCCCUGGUAAGAUAACUUAAACUCAAGUUCAGUCGUAUAUAGUGUUCCUCCCUCUCUUCCUGAUACAUUCGUCGCUCAAUCUCACGCACUGCAAAAAGAAUCUUGCGAGCCACCUAAGUAAAAACAUUUUAAACAUAUCUGAUUGUUGCAUUUCACAAGUACGGUUUGUCGCUCAAUCGUACGUAACCUGUUCAGCAAGUGCACCGUACUAUCUUUCUCAGGGAAGUAAUCAUUAUGAGAAUUAUUGUGAUGAUUGUGAUUAAACCGCUGAAUAUUACAUUUAUGAAGCGCCUAUUAGUUUUAUUUUAUUCUGAUUGACGAUAAUACGCUUCUUGGUUAUUUUUAAUACAGGAGACCACGUCUGUCGCGAAGACGAAAUUGGCCGAGAAAUGUUCAUUGUGAACAAAGGCGAGCUGGAAGUCGUAGACAAGAAGGGUAAUGUGUUGGCUAAGCUGUUGGCCGGUCGACACUUCGGCGAGAUAAGCAUCCUCGAUAUGAACGGGAUCGGCAACCGUCGGACAGCUUCGGUCCGUUCAGUAGGCUUCUCCGAUCUUUUCCGACUUUCAAAAAAGGAUCUAGAGGAAGUGAUUGAGUACUACCCAGAAGAGAAGGAUCAGUUGGCGAAGAUAGCUCGACAGACAUACGAAAAACAACAAAAACAGCGACAGCUGCAUCAAACAGUAACAGAUGAGGAUGGGGGUAAGAUAUUAAAGGGCACGGACUUGCAGCGUUCAUAUCGGAUGCAACUUUGGUUAAACCUAUGGAACUAUGGGAACGGAUUGGCUCGCAGAAUAAAAAGGGAAGAGUUAAACUAAGUGCAAACGGACGUACAACUCUCAACAUUGGUGGGCCAACAAUGUUGGGAGUUGUUGCGUCCGUGUUGGCAGUGGUGUAUAAACGGAUGCAAGAACUCGCAACAAUGUUGGGACCUGCAGUGCAUCGUGGAAAGGAUACAACCCAUAAGACUUUGGAGAUCAUGUGUAAUGCACGUGUGUGGCACUGUGGAUGCAACAUUAGCGAGCUUAAGCAAUUACGACAGCGACGGCAACGAGAACGGCAAAAAAAAAAAAAGCAAUUGGUUUAGAUUGACAAAACAACGGCUUUGCACGUGCAUCACGCUUUUUUGUACAUUUCUUAGCCGUCGUUGCACAACUACAACGUGAAAGUGCCUCAUUUCACGUUUUGUCGAGGACGGGAACAUAAGACGAGUUUCUUUUUCUUUUUCUGAACUUUGAUACAGUCUCUUAGAAUUCAGCUCCAGAAAAAGUUGCCAACAUUUGAGGAACUGAACGAGAUGGACUAAGCGCGAAACAGUCUGAAGCAGAGCGACUUUACUUUUUAAAUGACGUUUUCGUAGCCGUCGCCGUCGUUGUUGCUUGAGCUCCUUAUUGUUGUGCUACGCUUCGGCGAUCACGGAACAAAAGAAAUGUUUGGAGUUGUUGGCUCAAACGUUUGACCGAUUUUAAACUUUGGGCAACAAUUCCCAACAACAUGCAACAGGGUGUGCAAACGGACGCAACACGUAACAUCCACCAAUCUAGGGAGUUGUUGGCCAACAAUAAGGACUUUAAGAUCCAACGACGCGACGGCGACAAGAACGUCGCUUAAAAAGUGAAUUUGCGUUCUUUCAGUCUUUUUAGCGAUUAUUCCUGACCACUUACUUUGUGAAAUGUAGCCGAACCCUCCUGAAACUGAAUUUCAAGGGACCAUAUUCAAGCUCAGAAAGAGAAAUAAAAUUUCGUCGUUGCUUGUUUACGUCCUCUAUAAAAGGCGAAAUCAGGCAUUUUUACGACGUAGUCGUGCAAAAACGGGAAAGAAAUGAACAAAAAAGUGCGAUGCACGUGCGAAGUUGUUGUUUUGCUUAUUAAUCUAUUGUUUUUUUUUACGUUCUCGUUGUCGGCCGCGUCGUUGGAUCUUAAAGUCCCUAAUGAUGCGUCCGUCUGCACGGGGCCUUAGGUUUAUUCUAGUUAGCUCCUCUAUGGUGAAAAUCGUGAGGAAUAUCGAAACCUGCGCUAUUUAUUUAGUAUAUAGUUCUACCUUUUGAGUCUGUGGAUGAAAUCCUAUGGUGUGACCAUUCAAGUAAACCCUUUUCAGCAGUAAUAUAAUAAUAUAAUAUAAUAUUUUUUUAGUAUAUUCUUCUAACCCGAAGCCUGCGGGAAUAUGAGCUGUUUAUCUAGCUUACAUAGUUUGUAGAUGAAAUCAAACGAUGUGACCAUUCAAAUCAAACCUUUUUGGCGGUACAUUUGCACGAGCUUGGGCAUUUUUCUUCAUUUUUGACUUCACUCAUUUCUGGAAGUGAAAUAGACUGCAAAAAAGUCAGUAUUAUUAUUUUUUCAAAAUCGGUUUUACCAGGCGCGAAGCGCGUGGGCCUCAGACGCCUAUAGGGUGGCAGUCAGGGCGGAUCCGCCCCGGUGGCACUCCAGACCUUUCCGCGAUUUGACCGCUCGCGCGCGAGCUUUUAACCUACGCAAAAAAUACGGGCUGUUUUGCAAUCUAGAAGUAAAACGAUUAUUCUAAUUUUAGGAGAAGAAUCCAUCAUGGAGAAGAACGAUCCGCGUAGGUGGCUGGUGGCCGACAAGGAAACGCUUCAGCGUCGGUUGUCUCUGAUAGAAGCUAAAAACGACGUCAAGGCGCUUGCAAGCAAAUUUAGAAAGGAGAACGGCCACGUCUUGAACCCACGCGAAGUGGUGGCUUCGUUAGCGCAACGCGCACGAAUGGAAAGAAGUGACGAGGAAUCCAGGCUCAUUGUUAAGGACUUUUUAACAAGACGUAAGAGAGAUAAAAUUGCGACAAGAAACGCGGUAUCACAGGACAGUGUGAUCGUAAACUGGGAUGAUAAUGGUACCAAAGAACUAAACGCAGCUUUUAUGGAGAAUUGUUCAAUUGAUCAGCUGAGAAAAAGCCAGCGAAAAUUCUUCGGCCGCCCUCGUUCACGUACGCAGGUCAGUUUAGCUAUUGGUGCAAAGGUGUAGCAGGAGUUAUUGGGCUGCCUGUGACCCCCCCCGCCCCUCACUCAGCCAAAGUUAGGUUAAUAGUAUGGUAUGGUAUGGUAUGGUAUGGCCCUAUUCGGACACGUUAUUUUCUUCAGGUAUUUACAAAAUGAUAUAAAUAUCUUUUCUAAAGAUAUCAUAAUGGUAUAAAUAAUGUUGAUCACUGAUUUGUUUUAUUCACAAGGAAUCCAACCCAAACUCACCCACAAGGAACGAAAUUCCGUUGUUCACUUUCAAAUCAAACAACUCGGAGAACUGCGAUCAGAAGAAGAGAGGGUCGCAUGACAAGGGUCAGUCUUCAAACUCUUCAUCAGCGUUUACCAUUAAGCUUACCAGAACUCCGAGCCAAAAGGGAACAACUUCAGCUUUCAAGAAAGGUAUCUUGAAAAAUAGCGGCAAUAACGCGAUAAAACUGCGACCGUGUGAAUCGACUGAGACUUCAUCCUGUUACGAAAGUGCUAGCAGCGACGCUGAGAGUUCAAGCAGCUGUCUCACAGGUAAGAUGAGGUGCUGCAUACAAAAUGAAGAAACGCAUAACAGUAGCAAUAGCAGAAAUAGUAACAGUGGUAGGAAUAGAAGUUAUGGUUUUAAUCGUACUGCACUUUUCGUGGUUGUGACAUCUUGCGCACCGACGCACCAUGAGAGAGAAAAUUUGGUUAUCUAUGCAGGCAAGAACGCCCGUACGUACCUUCAACCCUUCUUGUUAGCGGAUGUGAAUUGUCUUACUUACCAAGGCAUAUACAAAUUGUGUUUAACUUGAAACAUGUUAAUGAUCAAUUGACGGCUGUCAAAAUCGGGUAUCUGCUGACCCGUGUCACAUGAAAGUAUCGCGGGCGCAGGUGUACAGCUCAUUGCUGAUACGUGUUUUUUUUUUAAUUCUCCACUGAUCAGUUAUGUCAUCAUAAAUGAUCGCAGACUCAGAAAACUUAACUUCAGAAAAGCAUUUCUUAAAAGUUCCGCCGAGAGCUUCGCUCUUGCCCUUGGGUAAAUCUGUAUAUUAGCGGUACAGUCAAUAGUGAUGUUAUUUGUGGUGGUAGAUGUCCGUGAUAGUGGCGAUGGUGGUGGUGCUAGUGGCAAGGAUCUGUUUUGAUUCUCACGAUCAAGGAAUUUUUUUAUUUCUUUCACUCAUUCUGCAUAUAGUACAUUCCGCAUAAUUAUGCCAUUCCGUAAGUAACGCCACAUGCUAUUGCGCAAACUCAUUCUGGCUUUGACCUUCACCGUUUUUAAAACCGGCGCGCUUCGUUAAAAUUUUCGAGUCAUCUGCAUAUAUUACAUUCCACAUAAUUAUGCUAUUCCGCAAGCCCUACCACAUGCCAUUUCUCAAAUUCCCCCUUACCCACACCGCACUUGUUGUAAACUUUGGUCUAAGUAAGACUUUGUACAAAUGACCGGCCUAAUGAAGUUUAACUCUCCUCUCAUUUUGAUUCAGGCAAAGAAACAAGUCAAAGUGUCAAACUGAAGAAGAGGUUCAGAGCCCAUUUUAUAAAAGACAAAAAGAAAACAGACGCAACAAUCAUCCUUGCCACACCUGAAAAUAGUGAAAUCGUUGAAGAUUCACCAAGAUUACAUCACGCUGCCAACCGAUUUAUUCCCUUAGAUAAAGACCCAGUGAAAGAAGUCAACAUGGAAAUGUACUCAGUCGCUCUGGAAAAAAAUUGCACUUGCCAGUUGGAAGAAACAGAAGAAAAGGAUAUCCAGAAACUGAGCGCAACUUCAUCUGAAGUUGAGUGUUCCUGUAGAAAGCCAUCUGCGGGUCAAGAGAUAAACUUAAACACGGGCUCAUCCAGGCCAUCGGUUGAUCGAGCUUAUGGGGAGAGGGAGUCGGUGUUUUAAGCGAACCAAUGAGAAAUGCUUGCAUGAAAACUUUGUAAAAAGAAAGAAUCAAAGUGACCUCUAAGAAAAAAGCAAAGCAGACAAUGGCUGAGUUUGGUUAAAACGACCAUCUUCAUCGGAAGCUUAAGUUCUUUUGUUUUCAAAAACCGAGACAUCGAAAGCGGGAAAAUGUUCACGGUUGAACUCCUUUCCCAUGAAAUAGUUCAUUAAUGGCUAAGUUUUUUCUUCAGCAUGUUCUUUAUCAGUUAUCUUUUGACGGUUAGCUCAAUAGACCUUCUUCAUGCUACUCGCCAGCUUUACACGCGUCUUAGGAUCGAUGGGAUAAAAGUAAUAUCACGUGGUAUUUUAGGGGGCAAACAAGUGAUAAAAUUUGCUAACAUGCGUAGUCGCGGUCGAGUUUGUUUAUUCUAUCAAAACGAUUUAACAUCCAUC